AUGAAAGUUGCCGUAUUCACCGUUACAGGAGAUCAAGGUUCAAGUGUAGCCAAGUAUUUGCUUGAGGACAGAGAGAAGAAGUAUCAGGUAUUGGGUAUCACCAGAAAUGUCAACUCUGAGAAAGCUCAAGGUCUGGCUAAGCUUGGAGUUGAAUUGAUCAAAGGUAUUAACGCUGCUUAUGUCAAUGCGGACUUCUGGACUCAUUACCUCUCCAAUCGAUAUGACGCUGUCAAAGCGCUAGAAUCAGAAAAGAAAGAUUCAAUCGGAGCGAUCGAUGCGUGUGUGAAAGCGGAUGUAAAACAUAUCGUUUACUCCACUCUGGAUGAGGUCGACAAAGGCGAAUGUCCCCAUUACGAGUCCAAGAAUGCGGUAUCACGUUACCUCAAAGAAAAAGGUAUCCCCCACACCCUUCUGUUCACCUUCAACUACUUUUCCAACCUCGUCAAAUUUGGUCAACUGAAACCGCCAGCCGAAGGUGGAGACGAAUGGUUGUUGGAUGUCCCUGCGCCCGAUGAUCUGAGAAUCCCAAGUUAUCCAGCUGAACAGACCGGGCUAUGGGUGAAGGAAGCUUUCGACAAUAGGGAUAAAUGGCUUGGUAAAAACAUCUACGCGAGUACUUCUUCCCCCACUCCCUUGGAAAUGGCCCAAUCGCUAUCCCUUAAAUUCAAUGUCAAGGUCACCACUGCCAAAGUUACACUCGAACAGUUCCAUACCGACGAACACAAACAGAAGAUCGGAGAGGAACUGUGGUUGGCUUAUAAGGUCAUUUUGAACGGCAAAAUGUACCAUGCUCCCGAGACAAUUGCCGUCUUGCCUGGUGCUUGGACUUUUGAAGAUUGGAUUGAUCAAGACCAGACACUGAAACAAUGGUUCAGUAAGGAAUAA